AUGUGGUUAAAGGACGUAUUCAUAAGACAUUUAAGAUUGAUAUGCCUACAAUUCUCAACUGUUCAACCACAAUCAGWAUAUAAAAUUUCUGAUGAAGAUAUAACAAGGCUAAAAAGAAAAUUUUCUUCGCCACGUAAUAUUAUUUCAAACUUUUAUAAUCAAGUUGAACGAACACAGAAUAUAAAGACUKGUUGUCAUUUUGGUUUUAACAAGAACAAAAAAAAUCAAUGGACCUGCAAAUUAAGUGUUCAAUGGCCCAACCCCAUUGUAUUUUCAAGURUGGCUACUACCAAAGCCAAAGCUGGAGAAAUAGUGUCUUUAAAUGCUAUUCAGUGGUUACAAGAUAUGGAAAAACUUGAUCAUUCAGGAAAACCAUUGAUUGUAUCAAACAAACAACGUAUAGAUGUGGCUUCAUCACCAAUUGCUUCAAUAGAUGUAAGCAAACAAAAUGUUGAACUAAUUUCAAACUUAGUGCAAAAAUAUAAUCAGGAAAUUAAACCAUUAAUAAAUAAAGGAAAAYCAGUAUUAUUUGAAGAUGACCAAACUAAURAGGAUGAGUUAAAUUUUAAAUUACCUUCAUUUUCACAUUUUGACUAUGUCAAUCGAAACGAAUACCUCUAUAAAAAUUCUACACAAACAUUGAACAAAUCAGUCCAAUUACCUAUAGACAAAUAUGCAUUAGAUAUACUUAAUGUGAUUGAAAAUAAUCAAGUUACCAUUAUAAAAGGAGAACCAGGUUGUGGUAAAAGUACUAGAGUGCCUAAUUUCAUUUUGAGAAAAUAUAGUCAAGAAAGAAAAGGAAGCGAAUGCAACAUAUAUGUUACUCAGCCAAGACGAAUAAGUGCACUAACUCUUGCUAAUCGAGUUGCUGAGGAACGUUCAGAAGAAUUGGGGAAUGUGGUUGGUUUUCAAGUACGGUUAAAACAAAUAUUGCCCAGAAAACCAGGAUCUAUAGUAUUUGCAUCUAGUGGCAUAUUGCUUCAGAAACUACAAUCAGACCCUGGACUUAAAGAAUUUUCACACGUUAUUAUUGAUGAAGCCCAUGAACAGGAUAUAAACACAGAACUAUUGCUGAUGCUUACAAAAAAUGCUUUACAGUUAAAUAAUAAAUUAAAAUUGAUUAUAAUGAGUGCAACGUUAAAUGCCGAACACUUCCAAAACUAUUAUGGUCACUCAGCUUCAACCAUUGAAAUACCAGGUUUCACACAUCCUGUGAAAACUCAUUUCUUAUCGAAUCAAUUGGCUAAGGAAUGGGGUAUAUAUGAUACAACUGUCGAAGAAAAUGGUAAACCUUAUUGGAAUCCACAACUCAUUGCAAAUGUAAUAAAAUGGAUACAUAACAAUAAAUCACCUGGAGCUAUACUGUGUUUUGUAUCUGGUUGGCAAGACAUAAUUGAUGUGAAUAAACUGCUACAAAAAAGGCCUCAUAAUUUUGAUAUUAUGUUUGCCCAUUCUAAAUUGACACCUGAAAAACAAAUAGAAAUCAUGAACCCUGCUAGUAAUGGAAGACGAAAAGUUGUACUAGCUACAAAUAUUGCUGAAACSAGUAUUACAAUUAAUGAUGUAGUAUAUGUAGUUGACACUGGUAUGCAAAAUAUAUCUAGUUGGAACGCAGAGAAAGGUAUUAAAUUAUUAGAUCGUUGUUGGGUCUCUCAGGCUAAUGCAAAACAAAGGAGAGGCCGUGCAGGAAGAACUCAACCCGGAGAAUGUUAUCAUUUAUACACAUUGGAUCGAUUCAAUAACUGCUCAGAGUAUCCUACACCAGAGAUUCAAUUAACUCCUCUUGAACAUACUAUUAUUAAUCUCAAGAUACAUAGCCAGGAUAAAGCAAAGGUUGUAUUAUCAAAGCUUUUGAAUUCACCUAGUAUAGAAACCAUAGAUAUUGCCGUUUCAGAAUUACAACUUCUUGGGGCAUUAGACAAUGAAGAGAAACUAACAGCAUUAGGAAAACGAAUAGCUGCAUUCCCAUUUGAUCCAUGUCUUUCAAAAGCUUUAGUUAAUUCUGUAUUUUUAAAAUGUCUAGACUCUACACUAACAAUCAUAACYUACUUAUCAAGUAAUGUGAAUAUAUUUAAAGAAACAACUGCAGCUGAUUCACGAAUAAUAAAAAAGAACUAUUCCUCGUGUAGUGAUCACCUAGCUGUGGCAAAAAUAUUUUCUGAAUGGAACAGUACAAAUAAUGAUUGGGAAAUGUUAUUAUUGCUGAGAAACAUAAUAAGGAGUUUUAUUGAUUUUUUAAUGGAGACAUAUGGACAUUAUGAAACUAAUGAUCAAUGUUUUGAUGAAAUUAUGAAUUUCCGUGAUUCCUUGUGUUCUGUCUUGUGUAAACUUGUUGAAAAAUAAUUUUUUUUAAUCUCAUAGUUUUGUAAAUGUUAUUAGUUUAUAGACAGUU